AUGCAAUAUAUACCUUCUUAACACUUGAGCUGCCUGCAGUCAGUCAGUCAGUCAGCUGGCCAUCCCUUAACACGCCUGUGCUGCUCUCCUGGGUGAGUUCCAAGGAACAGAAGACACCAAACUGCCAAGAUGGCUGACAAGAAAGGCAAUGUGUCCUCAAGCCGUAAGCAUACUCUGAAGAGUUGUAUGCUGGCUGUUGCUAAGGAUUUGCUCGAAGCUGAAGCAUUAGAGAAAGUUAAAGAGAGGGAGCAAUACAUGGACGAGAACUGCCCUCCUCUGGAGAUUCCCCACUCCAAGGAUGAUUUGGUGGACCUUUGCACAAAGAUGUACAACAAAAUCAAUGUGAUUGAUGAGGAGAGAUACAAUUUAGAAUACAAAGCAGUCAUGGUUUGCAAUGAGGUUAUAGACCUAAACAUUAAAAUCGUUGACAUGAGGGGCAAGUUCAAGAAGCCAGCACUGAAGAAAGUGCGUAUGUCUGCUGAUGCUAUGCUCCAGGCUCUGCUCGGCUCCAAGCACAAGGUGACCAUGGAUCUGAGAUCCAACCUGAAACAAGUUAAGAAAGAUGAGAAGAAAGAGGAUAAGGAUUUGCGUGACGUUGGUGACUGGCGUAAGAACAUUGAUGACAAGGCUGGCAUGGAUGGCAGGAAGAAGAUGUUUCAGGGAGAUUCUUAGAUCAUUGGGCUUUGUUUGUGUGAUGUGGUUGACUACUCUCCUGUAACAUCUUGCUGUCAACCACAUACUGAUACCCAUUACAACCAAUAUUGUAACUAUGUAACACAUUUUUGUUUAUUUUGAAGACCGAAAGAAACAGACAAAAAACAGAAACAAGAUGUGUGUAAUUGUUUGACAGUUGGUUUACUGCUUUACUCACUGUAGUAGAGGUAAAAGUGGAAAACUUUUCUAAUAAAUUGCCUUUAAAGGAAA